CGAUCGGACGGCUGGAUCCGCCCCCGCCCGCGCCGAUCCGACGGUGGAGGACGCCCCCGCGAGCCCUAUAUCUCCCUCUCCUCCCCCGCACCCUCGGCUGUCGCCGCCGCCUCCUCUCCCCUAAACCCUUCUCGCCCCCUCCUCCUCCUCAGUUUGUAACUAUGGCACUGACUAAUAAGCUUGGUGGCCUUCUCAAGAAAGCCACUAGCUCAAAUCCUUCUAUCUAUCAAGCAAUCAGAUGCAUGUCAUCAUCUAAGCUCUUUGUUGGAGGGCUUUCUUAUGGCACUGAUGAUCAGAGUCUCAGAGAUUCCUUUGCAAAUUAUGGCCAGGUUAUUGAAGCUAGGGUUAUCAUGGACCGUGAGUCUGGAAGAUCCAGAGGUUUUGGCUUUGUAACUUACACAUCAUCUGAGGAGGCUUCAGCUGCCAUCACUGCCAUGGAUGGACAGGAUCUCCAUGGAAGGAACAUAAGGGUUAACCAUGCUACUGAGAAGACAGGUGGUUUCCGGGCUGGUGGCGGCGGCGGUUUUGGUGGUGGUGGCUAUGGCGGCGGCGGUUUUGGUGGUGGAGGCUAUGGCGGCGGUGGUUUUGGUGGUGGUGGCGGUGGUUACGAUGGCAGCGGAGGGUACGGUGCGGGCUAUGGUAGCGGCGGCGGCGGGGGCUAUGGUGGUGGCAACUAUGGCAACAGGGGUGGCGGCGGCUAUGGGGGUGGUGGAGUUGCAGGUGGAGCUGGCGGCAAUUUUGCUGCUGGAGGUGGCGACAGCUUUGGCAGCAACUUCGGUGGUGAAAGUGGGUUUGGAAACCCUGCUGGUGGAUUCGGUGCUCCCAGUGGCACCUGUGGUGGUGAUGAGUUACCUGCUAGUGGCAGCUUCAGCAGCAACAAGAAUGAUGAAAUCAUGCAAGAUAUGUUCAAGGAUGACGACGAGCCUGACAACUAUGCCGACAAAAGGGCCUAGUUUUUGUCCUCCAAGCUACCCUAGCGUACCAGUAAAAAUGCGGUGAAUGAUCAUCCGGAUGAGAUUCCAGGACAAUCUGCAGUGGCUGGUGUUUCUCUGUUAACUUUAUAGGUCUCUUCUGUCUAAAUAACGGAACGAGCACUUUGUGUUGAACAGACUAUCGAAGUGUGCUUUAUUUUGACUUGCUCUGUUUAGUGUUUGCGCCUCUGGCAAACAUUCCUGCUUUAAGGUCUUUUGGUAGUGCUAUGCCUUGGUGCCGCUGA